ACGUAAUUUAAACAUAUGCUGUGGGAUAGGGUCAGUGUAGUAAGGCUUUUUCAAAUACCGACCGUGACACGGGAACACCGGUUUUUAAGGCAUCAGUUGCUGUGAAUCCACAUCUAGCCAGCUCUUUACCAAAUGGGAAUUAUUCACCCUAAUUUGCCACAAUGAUGAAUGAUCUUUUCAAUGUGAUUGGAAAUCAAGGAUGUGCAAUCAUUUCCGUUUCUUAUGACACAUUGCGCAUGUUGUAAUUUUUUUUAAUUUACUGGGUGGGUUUAAAUGUUUUUAAAAAUUCACAAUAGGACGAUUGGACUCACAUCCAAUCAAACACAAAUAUAUGACACAUUGACUUCGUCGUUUAAAGAGGUAAUGCAUCAAAUUGUGAUUGAAACAGUGUGUUUUCAUCAUCUUUCCGUCAGAAUCUAAUUCUGACCAGAGUAUGUAUAUAUAUUAUAAGUUUAAAGGCACAGCCUUUAAAAUCCUCAGAAGGGAUUUUAUAAAAUCACAGCAAAAUGUGCUCGCACUGAAACAAUGUAAGAUAAUACUGCUGGCGAAGAUACUUUUACAUGAAACAUUACUUUUAUUCGCUAACUAAUACAUCAAUCACUUGAAAACGGAAGAUAGUUUGCUCUGAGUGACUACAAUCCGCGUGUCGAUAGAUGGUUGUUGGGAGCGAACUCCCAGAUUAAGUGGCGGAUAAAGGUUAAAUGGCGAUUUACUCUAAUCACAGUUAUCUGCAGCAAACCUGGUUUUGAGGGGACAAUUACAAUUACCGGAAAAAUGCAAUUGAUGCGAAAAUAAUAAAUGAAACGUAACUUGUCCAAUCAGCAUCGAAUAUCAAUUAUUGUACUGAAAAUUGAUUAACGGAAUCGAGACUUCUUAAGAGCGUGACCAGCUCGCAUCAGUUCGUCUGUACGAUUGUAUUGUGAUCGCCUGAUAAAAGCCCGGUCCCACACUCGAUACUGCUAGUUGUAAGAAUUGAUCAGUUACUCACCUAACGUGUUAGAGAGGAGAACGAGAGAGCAGAUUCUAAGAUCGCAAAGGCACAGCCCUGCAUGUGUAUAAUGCAUAUUUUGUCAUCUUAAUUUGAGUGUAUUGGUGUUGAUGGUUUCUAUCUUCCUCUGUGACAUGCGGAAUUCUCAACACAUGAAGUUGAUUAAGGAUAAAAACACACUCGAGAUCUAGAUACAUCGCAUACUUUUGUUCGGAUUAUUAAUUCACGGGAGAAAACAGCAUCAUACAAUAGUGAAUGUUAGCAAUGGUGGAGUUCUAAUUACUAGAUCGUUGUCUAUACUGAAGGACAAUGAAAAAUUCACAGCAUCUUCCACCGAGGCAAAUUCCAAGGAACGUGACGUGAAAUAAUGGAAAUAUCUGAGAAAUGGAUCAUAGUGAUUUUCACUUUUAGUUCCCUGACGUUAGCGACACCCCUUACAGGAUCCAAUCAUUUUCCAUUUUUCCACGAAACAGAACGCAACAUAACGGUUAGGACUGGAGAUUUGGCGAUAUUAAAGUGCACAAUUGAAAACUUGGGACCAAAAAUGGUGGUUUGGCGAAAACUUGGUGCCGGAUACCCUCUUACAAUUGGUGAGAUGGUCUACUCGGCCAAUGAUAAAAUUGACAUACAGCAAAAGAAGGGUCGGCGAGGACUGGACCACUGGAAUCUCAUCAUCAAACGGGUGGAUCCCAGUGAUGCUGGGCAGUACGAAUGUCAAGUGUCAUCAGCCCAGGCUUUCGUAUACUUAGUGCAAUUAACCGUUAUUGAUUCCCCUCCCAAGGAAUCAGCAGGCCUGACUUUAGAAGGGAGGAAUAUUGUCAACGAUAACGAACCCAUAAACCUAACAUGUCUGGUUAAGGGAGAAUACCGUACACCCGAGGAUGUAGACUGGUUUUUUAAUGGUGAUAAAAUACUCCCUGGCAAAGAUCAUUGGAGUCGAGUGUACAUUACAAGAGAAAGAGAGCCGUAUAGACGAGAGUUCAAAAGCCACCUCCUUAUAGACAAAAGCGACCUCAGUGAUCGUGGAGUGUAUGUGUGCAGGGCCAGCGAUAAUUUACAAUUAGUAAAAAGCAUCACCAUAAGCGUUCUGGAGGUUCCCACUCCAAAGCAGAAGAAAAAUAGAGACGUCACGGGAAAUAGCAAUCGGGGGAAAUUCAUCUCAGAUCGCAGGAAUAAUUCAAGCAAUGUGCUAAGAAGCGCUGGAAUUCAUUUGACAUUGAUAAUUCAAUUGAUGGUACUGUUGUGGACUAGAUGACAAGAAUUGUUUGUUCUGUUGACAUGGAAAAGUGCCUUCGUCUUCACAAACGGACAUCAACAUUCGUCCACUUUCCCUACCCACAAGCUGCGGUCUGUUUUGAUCAGGUCAUAAGGAUGUUGUCUCAGUGUGGUAGAGCCUCGUUCCCUUCAACUGGAUAUGCAUGAAAUAUUUAUGCGCUUUAAAAGUUUCAGGAUGAAGUUUUUUAACUGCAACUUGCGAAUUGGAAAAUGACGCUGUACAAUUGAACGAAAAUACGCAUAUGUGAAGUGCUUCGAGACGCUUCGAGUGAGGCCAUUGUUCUCACACAGAGGGAAUUUUAAAUCGUGAUUUUGAAUGAACUACCUAUAUUUCAUUUUCAAUGUUAGUCUCAUCACAAUUGUUGUAUACAUUUUUCGUGCAUCAUUCCAUUUAAAUAUGACAUUUUGUGAAUAAUUCAUACGGUGAACAUCCACAUCUGGUACAAAGCAAUAUGACAGACCCUUGUGUAUUUCUGCCGAAUUGUUGCGACUCUUUAAAUGAUCAAAUAAACAUCGAACUCUUGAAAUGCAAAUAGAAAUAUGAAAUAUUUAUCUUCAUAAAAACGGAAAGAUCAAUAAGGCGUAAUGAUAAUUUAGUGAUAGUUGAACUCUGUAAUUUUACUUGUUUGUACAAUGUAAAUAAUUAGAUUUAUUCAUACGGAUUUGGCGAGAAAACAUGACUAGAUGUAACAUCUGUAUUCUUUUCCUCAUUUUCUGCCGUUAAUAAGCAAUAUUUUUUAACACAAAAUAAAUUGAUUAAAUACAGUUUUUCCAGUCAAUGAAUAAUUUUUGUACUGGACAUUUUAUGUGAGCUUUUAGAUUUAAAUAGAUGUAUUUAAACAUAGUUUUCUAACUUAAACUUAACAAUGCACAUACCUUUAUGAA